AUGCUCGGUUCAUCAAAGCUAAAUGGAAUGGCAGGCCAUUCUGCCAUUUUCAGUGACCACUUUUCUCACACACAAGGUGCAAAAGCGAGUCGAAGUAGAGGUGCACAAGCCCUUUACUAUCCAAUGAGCCCUCCUCAGAACAAGGAAUAUAAUCCCUCUUGGCCUGCUAGCUAUGACCUCAGCAAUUUACCGAUUUGUACAGAGGAGGACUAUUGGGAAACAAUUCACAAAUUGUCUUCACCAUGCAAGCCACAACAAGCAAAAAUCACGAAUGGAAUGGAGGGCAAGGGAAAGGGAGAAGGGAGGGUGGAAUGGAGGGAGAGUGGAAGGGAGGGAGAGGGGGGAGAGAGUGGAAUGGAGGGGGGAGAGAGGAAUGGAAGGGGGAGGGAGUGGUGA